AUGGCUGCAAGAAACAGGACAGAAGUGACUGAAUUCAUCUUACUGGGCCUGUCCAGCUUGCCAGAGAUGCAGCCAGUUAUUUUUGGGAUUGUUCUUGCCAUGUACCUGGUGGCAGUUAUUGGCAAUGCCCUCUUAGUAACUGUUGCCCACUCAGACACCAAACUUCACACACCCAUGUAUUUCCUUCUUAGCCAGCUUUCCUUUAUUGACAUAUUUCUAACAACCAUCACCGUGCCCCAGAUGCUGGUGCACACACUGUCUGUGAAUCGAACCAUCUCCUUUAACUGCUGCAUGGCCCAGUUGUUCUUCUUUAUGACUGUAGGCAGCAUGGAAGGUCACCUGCUGGCUGCCAUGGCCUAUGACCGCUAUGUGGCCAUCUGCGAUCCUUUAAGAUACUCAGCCAUUGUCAGCCGCCACCUCUGUCUGCGCAUAACCUUGACUUCAUGGGUUGUUGUCAGUCUCAACAGUCUCCUUUACAGUGUGCUGGUAAUCCGCUUAACCUUCUGUGGUAAUCAGGUCACUCACUUCUUCUGCGAUAUUACACCCCUGCUCCAGCUGUCCUGCACCCGGCCAGUGGUCAAUGAAAUGCUGAUCUUCACCGAGGGGGUAGCUGUAGUGGUCAGUCCUUUCUUCUUCAUCCUGGGCUCCUAUGCCCGCAUUGGUGUUGCUAUAAUGCGAAUGCACUCUCUUGCCGCCCUGCGCAAAGCCUUGUCCACAUGUAGCUCGCAUAUCCUGGUCGUGCUGCUCCUGUAUGGCUCUGUGAUCCGCAUGUAUCUCCGGCCAUCCUCCACUUACGAUCUGGACCAGGAUCGCCAGGUCGCCAUUUUCUACACUGUCGUUACUCCGAUGCUAAACCCGCUCAUCUACAGCCUCAGGAACCAGGAGGUGAAGGGCGCUUUGCGGAGACUUGGCAUGAAGCUUUGCAUCUCAGAUUGGUUAUCCGAAAAAUAUCCACUAUUACUUUGA